AUGAGUGAUGACACAAAUCUUGAGAAGACGAUCUACUUGAACACCAUGAAAGCAACGCUAAAAGUCCUAAAUGAUUUGGAAAAGAAAAAUUUUAACAAAAAGGAUGAUGUUGUUGUUGAUUGUACGGAGAAGGGAAAAAGGGAUGGGGCUGCCUGCAAACGACGAAUGUUUAACAAAAGGAAAAGUAGGGACAAGCAGCCAACUGGCAAUGAAGAUAUGCAUAACAUUGGUGAUGCUGUCAGUGAUAAGAAGAUUGAAAGCAGAAGAAACGAUGGGAGGAAGCUAAAUGUCUGGGAUGAACGGUCACGGAGGGAAAACCGGUCUGACAAAACAACCAGAGCAUUUGAACAAGAAAAAACAAGCAGUAAGCCACGAUUGAAAUGGAAAAGAGAUGGUACACAUGAAAUCAAGUCGGAUACGGAUGAGACAGCCAAAUCAUCUCGGCGAUUUAACAGAUCAAAUACCGAUAAACGGUCGUCUUUGGCUGGUAAAGACGUUGAAAUGAAUCGAAAACGUAAAAACUCCUUCAAAGAUCGUACGAAUAUGAAUAAAAAAAUAAGGAGAUGACCGAUGAAUUAUUGCAGUUCUUUUCCACCAUUGAUGAAGUCUAGUGAACGUAUCAGUCUCUUUUACUGUUCAAAAGGUAAUUUAUAGGUCCUUUAAAAUUAAUUAAAUUAAAAAUUUUGCCUUCUUA